CCGAACACAACACACUUCUAUAUCUGUUUCGAAAUCAACUCUGCUGUCUUUUCUCAUCAAAUAAUUUAAUUUAUUUCGUUGUCAAUAUCUCAGAAUAAAACCAUCUAUAUUUCGACGAAUGUGUGUAUAAAAGUCCUUCUUUUUCUUUGUCCUGAUUUAGUUUUCUUUUUUGAAUCGGUCUGAACUCGGACAACUAAUCCGGCAUUUUCUCCUCGGUCUCUCUACUCUUCUCUUCAGUAUCGGAUCUGUGUCUCCUUCUCUUUCUUUUCAAGUUUUUUUUUCCUGGAGACGACGCGUUAGCUGUAAUUCAAUAAUUUACUGGCUAUUAAACGCGUCACAAGCGUCAAUAUAAGACAAACUCACACAGAGAGACAUCUAGUUUGCACAUGCGUAUCAUUUCAUCUCUAUCGGUGAUAGAUCUUGAUUAGAGAUUCAAGACCUAAAAGAACUUCGAUUCUUGUCUGAAGUGUGAGGGCUGUGUUCUUUUUCGGUUUUGGUAUCUUUGUCUUGAGUGGAUAAUGGGAAUGAGUCUCGAUUUUGAUGUCGAUCUUGAGAAAGGAAUCGUCGAUGCACAAUCUUCGGAGGAGCCAAUGAUACCGAUGUCUACAGAUAACAAACCGGUUACCGGAGAAGAAACCGUUGGUUCGUUAGAAAACAGUGCGGCUCCGGUUCAGUCUGCGAAACCGGGAUGGGGAAGGAGCGAGAGGAAGGAGAACCGCAAGAAAUCGGCGUCGAAGCCUCCCCGGCCGCCGCGUGGACCGUCGCUAGACGCAGCUGAUCGGAAACUGAUAAGAGAGAUCGCUGAGUUGGCGAUACUGAAACGCGCGAGGGUCGAACGUAUGAGAGCUCUGAAGAAAUCGAGAGCGGCUAAAGCUGCGUCUGCGGCUUCUUCUCUCGGCAAUGUAUUGGCUACGCUUCUAACCGUUAUAUUCUUCUUCGUCCUCGUUUUGCAAGGAUUUCCACCGAGAGCAGCCGCUAGCUCCGGGAGAUCUCCGUUAGUAGACACCGGAAAAGCUAAUGGUGGUUUUGUUUCGGUUCAAUACGCGGGAAAUCCGUCUGCGAGUGAACCGGAUGGUGGUUAUACCGGUUCGGGUUUAGCACAGAGAUUGCCGAAUUUACCAAAACCAGUUUCCGGUUUGAAAAGAAGAUGAAUAGAGUUUCACAAUGAAGCGUAAACCAAAGAGCUGGAAUUGGACAAUUUCAUCACUGGUUAUCGAACCAUUUGUCGGUUUAGAUUGUCGGUGCUUCGGUGGAUCAUGUACUCUACUCGUACAGAUAAAUUUUUGGGGGCAAAAACAAUAAACUAUCCGAUGUGGGUAAGAAUUGUUUUGUAAUGUUUUUUUCCUAGAAAUAAUAUGAGAGAAGUUACAAAAAUAAAAUAAAAUAAAAUUAGUGUUAUACAUC